AUGCCCGUCAACGCUGAACAACUCGCGACUCCGCCUGUCGACAAGAAAAGGUCUGCGGCGGGAAAACCAAGGCUGGGCGUUACCAUCCGAAGGGCCGUCGAGAGUGACUUGGCUGAUACUGUGCUCAUCUUCUGGUCGGCUUUCAGCCCCUUUUACCCCUUUGAUUCCACCGAGCCCCUUUCGCAACGCGCUUGCCAUACCAUCCGUCUUCGGCGAGCCGUACAUCGUCAAAAGAAAGCUCUCGAUAAUCCUGGUUAUUUGAUACUUGUCGCUGAGGAAGAGCAAACCAAGGAGAUUGUUGGAUGGGCCGGCUAUAUAAAGCCGGAAGCUUGUCGUCUGUCUCACCCAUGGAUUGCCGAAGAUGAAACCUUGAAGACGGACGAAGAUCGAGAGGCUUGGGAAGGUGUAGACAGGAAGGUACACAAUGGCCUUUGGAAAGGCUGUGACGAGUACAGGUGGAAAGUCCUCGGCGCCGACCUUGAUCACUGGGUUCUGGCCCCUCUGGCCGUGAAGCCUUCUGCGCAGGGACAAGGGGUCGGUACCGCUCUUCUGCAACACGUCAAUAGUCUCGUCGAUACCGACAACACGCCUGCCGGACCGAGUCCAAUUUACCUCGAUGCUAGCAAAGCGGGUCAGCAGCUCUACCUCAAAAUGGGAUACGAAUUCUAUGGAGACAGGGCUAGAGAUUUUCCGGGAAUGAUUCGUUGGGGAAAGUGUAAAAUGCCAAGGCCGGAGGAGUAGUUUCGCUCUGAAGCCAAUUGUGCGAUAGUGCCUGGGCGAACCCGUUACGUCGAUAUUUGGGCAUGCAUAUUGGCUUCCAGGUAUAUAUUUGCGUAUCGCCGGUGGUGAGACGAUUGGUAGUGCUCUGAGAUUGAAAGGAGUGGAUAUAUCGAUCAUCCACAAGCUCUUACCCUGAAGCCGAUAUAACAACGAAUUCG